AUGUACAUAAAGCCAGCCAGUCGCCCAGCCAGCAAUCACUGCUCCAGUUCACCUGGGAGCCAAGUCCCCUUCUACAACAACAUGAUGCUUAAGCAUUUUACCCCAUCCCCUGCACCUCACCUGCUGGACCCUUUGUUUGCAGAGCAAGAUCAGUAUCAGCAUCUCUGGGCUGCCUCCACCAAUGAGCACAUUCCCCAAUGUGGGGGAGAGUCCCUGCAGAAGGGGGAGGACAGGGAGGAGGCUUACAAUGGUACCUACAUGGCUGCCGUCACAGAAAGCUUUGCCAACAUGAUCCAUGGCUUGACCGUGGGUCACCUUACGGAUCGCGUCAUUCAGAGGAGCAAGAGGAUGAUUCUGGAUACUCUGGGGGUUGGCUGCCUUGGAACCAGCACAGAAGUGUUUCACAAGGCCAGCCAAUACUGUAAAAUCUACAGUUCCAAUACAUCCAGCACUGUCUGGGGUCAGCCAGACUUCAGGCUCCCACCCACAUAUGCUGCUUUUGUUAAUGGUGUGGCGAUCCACUCCAUGGAUUUUGAUGACACGUGGCACCCUGCCACCCACCCUUCCGGAACCGUCCUUCCUGUCCUCACAGCUUUAUCAGAAGCACUACCUCGGAGCCCAAAGUUUUCCGGCCUUGACCUGUUGCUGGCAUUCAACGUUGGUAUUGAAGUGCAAGGGCGAUUGCUGCAUUUCUCCACGGAAGCCAAUGAUAUACCAAAGAGGUUCCAUCCCCCUUCCGUGGUGGGAACACUGGGCAGUGCUGCUGCGGCUUCCAAGUUUUUGGGGCUCAGCUCAGCACAGUGCCGAGAGGCCCUGGCCAUCGCCGUCUCUCACGCGGGGGCACCGAUAGCGAACGCUGCCACCCAGACCAAACCCCUGCACGUGGGCAACGCGGCCAGGCACGGGAUGGAGGCCGCGUUCCUGGCGAUGCUGGGUCUCCGAGGAAGCGAGCAGAUCUUGGACCUGAAGUCGGGAUUUGGUGCCUUCUAUGCCAACUAUACCCCCGAAGUCCUCCCGCCCCUGGACGCCCACGCAUGGCUGCUGGACCAGCAGGACGUGUCCUUCAAGAGCUUCCCGGCGCAUCUGGCUACCCACUGGGUGGCCGAGGCGUGCGCGGCGGUGAGACGGCGCCUGGUGCCCGAGGACGGAGCCCCGCUGCCCGCCGAGCGCAUCCGCAGGGUGGUGCUCAGGGUACCCCGCGUGCCCUACGUGGACAGGCCCUUCCCGGGCUCCGAGCACGAGGCCCGCCACUCCUUCCAGUACGUGGCCUGCGCCGCGCUGCUGGACGGCGACGUGGCCGUGCGCUCCUUCGGCGAGCGCCAGCUCGGCCAGCCGCGGAUGCGGGCGAUGCUGGACAAGGUGCAGCUCGAGCAUCCCGCCGACAACCGGCCGAGCUUCGACGAGCUCUACUGCGAGGUCUGCGUCACCCUGGAGGACGGGGCCAGCCUCACGGAGCGCGCCGACACCUUCUACGGCCACUGGAGGAGGCCGCUGAGCCAGGGCCACCUGCGCCGCAAGUUCCGGGCCAACGCGGCGGGGACGCUGUCCGCGGACGCCCUGGAGAGCCUGAUCGAGGUCGUAGACCAGCUGGAGGAGCUAGAAGACUGCUCAGUGCUGGCCUCCCUUCUGAAAGGACCCUCUGCUCGCGAGCAGGCCUCCACACUCCCCGGCAUGCAGCCCUUCCUGGAGCUUACUAACAUCUGA